UGGGGGUGAAACGACACUGAGAAGAAAGAAGAGCGGCUCUUUCCAGUUUAUUCCCGUCUCCAGCGGUGCCUUUUUUUUAAAGGGAUAAAUAACCUGACGGGAAAAAAAUAUCUUUGAUGAUCAAAUUUGACCAAAUAUGAUAAUCAAAAAUACAAAUCCCGGAAAUCUGUGCUUCAUCCUGACACGCCGGCCUGUGAUGAGUGCAGAUUCCUGACUGACCAUGUGCGCUGUUAGGUAACAUAACGGCGCACAGAGGAGCCACUGCUGAGCCUCUGCCCCUCCCAAAGACAAACAGGAUCUGAACUUUGGGGUCAUGGACUCCCUUUCCAUAGCGAGAAGAGACAAUUCUUGAGUGUUAUUAGCGGAAGCGGUUAAUAAUAGCUGACAAGAAAGCCAAAUUGUUCUCUUGGUGGAGCCUUGUUCUUACAUAUGAAGCCAGAACAGAGAGGCACCGCAUCAUCCUCUGAUCAACAAUGAUUCCCAUCACCGAGUUGCGGUACUUUGUGGAUACUCAGCCUGCGUACCGCAUUUUGAAGCCGUGGUGGGAUGUAUUCACAGACUAUCUGUCUGUCGUGAUGCUGAUGAUCGCAGUGUUUGGAGGAACCUUGCAAGUCACCCAGGACAAGAUGAUCUGCCUGCCUUGCAAAUGGGUAGUAAACGAAACCUGUCGAAAGUAUUUCGAGGCUGCUUUUGAACCACAGGGAAUCCGAUACGACCUUGACAGACACCAGUACAACUACGUUGAUGCUGUGUGCUAUGAAAACAAGCUUCACUGGUUUGCUAAGUAUUUUCCAUAUUUGGUGCUGCUGCACACACUGAUCUUCCUGGCUUGCAGCAACUUUUGGUUCAAGUUCCCUUGGACUAGUUCCAAACUGGAACAUUUUGUCUCCAUUCUUUUGAAGUGUUUUGAUUCUCCAUGGACCACACGAGCAUUGUCUGAGACAGUGGUUGAGGAAAGUGAUCCUAAAGCUCUAGGGAAAAUGAACGGCUCAAUUGACAAAAAGGCAUCGUGUGUGAGUGAAGAUGUGGAGGCCAGUGUUUCCAUGCUGUCCACCACCAAGUUUCGAUUUGACCAGGGGAUUGUCGACCACUCUGAAAACGGCGUCCUGGACAAAAAAGAGGGUGAACAGGCUAAGGCAUUGUUUGAAAAGGUUAAGAAAUUUAGGCUUCAUGUUGAGGAAGGAGACAUAGUCUACAGGCUUUACAUCCGACAAACAAUUAUCAAAGUUGUUAAAUUCAUCCUUAUCAUCUGUUACACUGGUUACUACGUCCACAAUAUUCAAUUCAGUGUUGAUUGUAGUGUAGACAUUGAAAAUCUUACUGGUUAUCAGAUGUUUAAUUGCGCCCAUCCACUUGCCACACUUUUCAAAAUCCUGGCAUGCUUCUACAUAAGUCUUGUUGUUGUGUAUGGGAUGAUCUGCAUGUACACACUCAGCUGGAUGCUCCGGCGUUCCCUCAAGAAAUACUCCUUUGAGUCUAUCAGAGAAGAGAGCAGCUACAGUGACAUUCCAGAUGUGAAGAAUGACUUUGCCUUCAUGUUACACAUGAUUGACCAGUAUGAUCCCCUCUACUCAAAGCGCUUUGCUGUCUUCCUCUCAGAAGUCAGCGAAAACAAACUUCGCCAGCUUAACCUCAACAACGAGUGGACACUGGAGAAGCUUCGACAAAGAAUCACGAAGAACUCUCAAGAGAAGUUAGAGCUGCAUCUGUUUAUGCUUAGUGGAAUUCCGGAUACAGUCUUCGACUUGCUGGAGCUGGAGGUUCUUAAGUUGGAGCUUAUCCCUGAUAUCACCAUCCCACCCAUUAUCGCCCAGCUCAUAAACCUGAGCGAGAUGUGGUUGUAUCACACCCCGGCUAAAAUAGAAGCACCAGCACUUGCGUUUUUGAGAGAAAAUCUGAAAUCCUUGCACAUAAAGUUCACUGACAUCAAGGAAAUACCUCUUUGGAUCUACAGUUUGAAGAACCUGACCGAGCUGCAGCUUACAGGGAAUCUCAGUGCUGAGAACAAUCGCUACAUUGUGAUUGAUGGACUGCGAGAACUAAAAGGUCUCAAGGUUCUUAGACUGAAGAGCAACCUGACUAAACUGCCACAGGUCGUCACUGACGUUGGGAUGCACCUGCAAAAGCUCUCCAUCAACAACGAGGGCACCAAACUGAUGGUUCUUAAUAGCCUGAAGAAGAUGGUGAAUCUGACGGAGCUGGAGCUCAUUCGCUGCGACUUGGAGCGCAUCCCCCAUUCCAUCUUCAGCCUCCACAACCUGCAGGAGAUCGAUCUGAAGGACAACAACCUGAAGACCAUCGAGGAAAUCAUCAGCUUUCAGCAUCUUUAUCGACUCGUGUGCCUGAAACUGUGGUACAACAAGAUUGCCUACAUCCCUAUCCAGAUAGGCACUUUGACCAACCUUGAGCGUCUAUACCUGAACCGGAACAAGAUUGAGAAAAUCCCAAGUCAGCUGUUUUUCUGUCGCAAGCUGAGGUAUCUUGAUUUAAGUUACAACAAUCUAUCGAACAUCCCAGCUGACAUCGGGAGUCUUCAAAAUCUGCAGUAUUUCGCUGUAACUGCAAACAGGAUUGAGAAGCUUCCUCCUGAGCUGUUCCAGUGUAAGAAGCUGCGCACACUGAACUUGGGGAAUAACUACCUACAGUCUUUGCCAUCUCGUUUCGGUGAGCUGGUCAACCUGACGCAGCUGGAGCUCAGAGGGAACGGGCUUGAGUGUCUGCCUGUGGAGCUGGGAGAGUGUAAACUGCUGAAGCGCAGCGGCCUGAUCGUCGAGGAGGCUAUUUUCAAUACCCUUCCCACUGAGGUCAAAGAGCAGCUCUGGAGGGCUGAAAAAGAGGCAGCGUGAGAGCAGUACACGUAUGAAACACACAGCUGUAUUUGAAUCCAGAGCUGUAUGGAGAAAAAGAGCACAUGGCGUCAUAGAGCAGAGUUUCAACAUUCAGGACAAGAUCUAAAGCAACAGUUCUUAAUAACCAGUGGUGGAAAGAGUACAAAACACACUGACUUGAGUAAAAGUACUGGCACUCUAGUAAUAAGUCACUUGAGUAAAAGUAGUCAUAAAGAAAGUUACUCAAAAAUGUUUUCUUUUCUAUUCUGUUCUUAUGUUAACUAACCAAGUGAACGAUGCUGAAGUGAACACACUUCGUUUAUUAAUAGUGUGUAAAGAAAGGUAAUGUUAGCAGCUAAAUGCUGAGCUGGCUAGGUUCAUUACCUGGCUAGUUAACGUUAAAGAUACCCCUUACAAACUUUCCUGAGUGUUACCUAAAGGCAGGGGAUUCAAACUCAAAUUCUGCCUGGGCCACAUCAGCAUUGUGUGAGUCCUCGAAGGGCCAUAAUGUAAGGCUAUAAAUUAUUUUUAACUUAUUAUUAAUUCCAUCAACUACCCCUAUUAACCAAGGCAUGGAAAUGAUAUAACAUUAACAAAGAGAUUUAAUAAUAUUUUAAUAAUAACUCACACUGCCUUAUCUCUGCUAAGAACAUGUCCUUAGUCUACCAUCUCUCUUGUCUUUGUGCUACAUUUAACUUUUUUUUCCCCCUCAGUAUACCUGUAUGUCUCUACACUGCCUGAUAUUUUCAGGAUUAGGAGUCACAAUUUUUUUACACUUGGAUCUGACUUUAUCAAAUUUCAGCAGAUUUUAACCAGAGUUUCAGCGCUGUGACACGUGAACCCAUGCACACCGUACAGUGUAGCAUGCCGAAUAUGAGCGGAUUCUGGUGUAAAUUCUAGGUAUAGUGGAAAUAUGAAUUAGUAGAGUACUACAGGCUGUUUUAGUAUUAUUUUUUGCAAGGUCACCCGAACAGAAUGAAACGAGACAGCCUGCUGUGUUCGGCUCAUGGGCUUUGAGUUUGCCAAGGGCUAUAACCCAUAGCAGCACUUAGAUAUAUUUAACAACAGGCAAUCACUGCCAAACACUGAAAUGACAUCUUAGGAUUUCAUAUUGUAAAACAUCUGGCUAGCUAGUCUACAGUAGCUCACUCGGCUAGGAAAUGGCUUAUCUGUGCAUGUUUCUGGUGUUUGGGUGUUGAGCUGUGAAUGACGAUAUCUCCACAGGUUUUGGCUAAUCAUUUACAGAUCAUAAUCGGACUGUUUCCUUAGACGUGUUUAACACUGAAGAUAACUGAUAAAUUGGGGCAGGGAUGCUCAUCUGCUUCCACUGUCCCUACUGUUCCAGACAUUACUGCUGCUGACUAAAGCACUUGUCACCUGAAGUGUAGACAUUUUGGCAGAAUACUGCUUUAUUUUGAUUUAGUCUCAAAAUUUAAUUAUAUAAAAUUUGCACCUACUGUCAUUCCACUGACUUGCAGUCUUUUGGAGUUAAAUUCAUUAUUAUUAUUAUUAUUAUUAUUAUUUUAUUUUAACUGAAAAUAAAGCAACAAAGUUUAAUAUUUUAAUAAUAUUUAGAAAAAAAUAUAUAAUCAAAAUGAGUACUGUUACAGUGAACCAUGUACUCGAGUACUGUAAUUAUGUACAUGUACUUUCCACCCCUGGUUAAAUAGUAUGAAGAAAAUAUGUUGCAUUAAGCAGCAUAGUAAAGUAAAGCUGGAAGCACUGAAAGCACCGAGCUCUCUCUUCUUUUGGGGGUCUGGAUUCAGAAUUAAUAGAGCCAGGUAAAAAAAAAAAAAAAGAAAGAAAGAAAAGUGCAGCUCCUCUUUAUUCUCCAUCGUGUUGAUAUACCAUUUAAAAUGAGAGCAUAUAUCUACACUUUUGGUAAAUUAACGUGUCAUGAGCACUUUAUGGUCUUGAUUGUGAAGAUUGAUCACAGUUUAUGACCUUUACAGGACUGCUUAGAAAUGUAAAUCGGAAGUCUAAAAUUACAUACUGGGACUUAUUUACAACUUACAAACAUAUGAUAAACUUUGCUAAUAGGAACUAUUAUCCAUUCAUUAUGUCUAAAUGCAUGCAAGAACUAAGUGUUUGUGGAUACAUGGUGUGUGUGUGUGUGUGUGUGUGUGUGUGUGUGUGUACACUUAAUAUAACCUGACUAUCAUAGCACUGUAACUGGUUAUAAAGCCAUUUUUAACAACUACGUUAUAAAUGUCAGACAUUCUGUUAUGUGGAAGGGGUCUGUACCACAGGGUUAAACAUAUUUAUUCAGUGCACUUAAUUAUCGUUUCUGCAGUGAAACCUUAAUUCAUUGAAAAGCAGCAGUCGAGCCACCAGUUCAUACACUGUUCGUAUUUGUGAUGUAAAAUGUGCCACUUUGUUCUACAGUGUGUGUGUGUGAGUGUGUGUUUUAUCUCUCUGCAAUUGUAUGCGAGACUCGGGUCAGUAUUCUGUGUACUGUAAGUGUUAUCGGAGCGUUUGCAUGUUUACAGCACUCGAUUUAACAAUGCAAAUACGACAAACAAGCUGAAACUCAUAUUUAUGAGUGUUCAUGUACACACAUCUUUCUACCGUAUAUUACAUGUGGGAGAAUGAUUUCUCAUAGAAGAAAAUGUAGGGGUUUUUUUUGUUACAUUUUGUUUUUCAGUGUCAAAAUGAUGCUUUCACCUGUGCAUUAUUGUACAAUGUUGAAGGGCAAUUUGUCAACCAGAGGCUCUGUUCCUCGGUGUUCAUGUUUAGUGUUUCACAUUUAGUGUUGCACUUAACAUCAAUGUAAUUCACAACGUAUAAUUUCGUUUCUGAAUGACGGAAAAUGCACUGCUGAUGAGACAAUCGGAAACAUUUCGUGAAGUGCCCUGCGCUCCGCUGGCUUUGUUCAUUUUUAUUUGAACUUGUUCUAGCCCACUUUAAUAGAACGAAUGCUGUAGAUUAUGUAGCACUGACUUUUCGUGUAGCAAGUUAAGCUGUUUCUUUCAUACCUUUUUCCAGAAUUUUUUUUUCAGUUGUGUUUUAUGUUACCUCAGUGUUGAAUUUGUGUUAGUACAAUACACAGUUUCCUACAGGUUUCCCAGAGUUUUACAGUUUAAAAGUAUUACUCAGGUAAAUUCCACUCAGCUUCAUACUGACUGGUUCAUGAAUCUGUUUUUUUUCCCCCUAAGUGAUUAAGUAAAGGAUAUUCAUGCAGUGCCAUUUCUAAUACAGAAUAUUUGACUACUUGUUCACUUUUUUUCAUGUACAAUGUUUUCUUUUUAAUGGAUUAUCAUGUAACUAUACUGCCACCUAUAAUCAUCUUUCUCUGGUGAUGUUAAUGGUUAUAGUGAAGUGCAUAAAGACGUACAGACCGCUGGCUCCAGAAUGAUCUUAAUCAAGUCCACCAAACUCUUUCUAUAUGAUUUUAUAGUUUUAGACAUUUAAUAGUUUAGGUGAAUAAUCUGUAGCUACACAGACUGCUCUUGGCAUUUGAAUGUGAGUAAUUCUACACGUCCGGUUUUAUUGCGGUGUAGUAAAUUUCUCUAGCUGACUAAAAGCAAUAUGAUUGCUUGUACAUUGUUUUUUACCUCUGGGUAGUUUUUGUUCUUCCAUUUUGACCCAGGUCCUUGUUGGUUGGCACAAAUAUGAAAACAUGCUUGAUUUGCCUAAACAGCACCAACUAGUGUAACAAUAUUAGAUAUCAUGUUCAUGUACAUUUUAUUGAUCUGGCAUCAGUGUGUGGAUCUUUACAUCCUAAACUGUUUAAUUACUGAUUUACUUGUCAUGAUGUGGUAAAUUUCUCAUUCGCACCAGAUUGAAAUUUAAUAAACUCAAAUGUAAUGAA